AUGUCUCAAAAGUCCGCUAUUAUCUCCGUCUAUGACAAGACUGGACUGCUUGACCUUGCCAAGGGUCUGAACCAGCAGAAUGUCCGUCUUCUUGCGUCUGGCGGUACCGCUAAGAUGAUUCGUGAGGCCGGAUUCCCCGUUGAGGACGUCUCUGCCAUCACUCACGCCCCCGAGAUGCUCGGUGGCCGUGUCAAGACCCUCCACCCCGCUGUCCACGGUGGUAUCCUUGCCCGUGACAUCGAAUCCGACGAGAAGGACCUCGCCGAGCAGAAGAUCUCCAAGGUCGACUUUGUUGUCUGCAACCUGUACCCCUUCAAGGAGACCGUCGCCAAGGUCAACGUCACCAUCGACGAGGCCGUUGAGGAGAUUGAUAUCGGUGGUGUGACUCUGCUCCGCGCUGCGGCCAAGAACCACAAGCGCGUUACCAUCCUGUCCGACCCCAAGGACUACUCCGAGUUCCUCCAGGAGCUCGCUGCUGGCCAGAUCACUGAGGCCAGCCGCAAGCAGUACGCCCUGAAGGCCUUCGAGCAGACUGCCGACUACGACACUGCCAUCUCUGCUUUCUUCCGCAAGGAGUACGCCGGCAGCGGUGUGCAGCAGCUUUCUUUGCGCUACGGCACCAACCCCCACCAGAAGCCCGCCUCUGCCUUCAUGCCCCAGGGCAAGCUGCCCUUCAAGGUGCUGAACGGUUCCCCCGGCUACGUCAACCUUCUGGAUGCCCUCAACGCCUGGCCUCUGGUUAAGGAGCUGAAGCAGGCUCUCGGCUUCCCCGCCGCCGCUAGCUUCAAGCACGUUUCCCCCGCCGGUGCUGCCAUUGGUGUUCCCCUCACCGAGAAGGAGCGCAAGGUCUACAUGGUCGACGACAUCAAGGACAUCGAGACCUCCGGUCUCGCCCAGGCUUACGCCCGUGCCCGUGGUGCCGACCGCAUGUCCAGCUUCGGUGACAUCCUCGCCCUGAGCGACAUCGUCGAUACCCCCACCGCCAAGAUCAUCUCCCGUGAGGUGUCCGACGGUGUUAUCGCCGCUGGCUACGAGCCCGAGGCCCUCGCCAUCCUCUCCAAGAAGAAGGGUGGCAAGUACCUCGUCCUCCAGAUGGAUGAGAACUACACCCCCUCCCCCGAGGAGACCCGCACCCUGUACGGUGUCCAGCUGACCCAGCACCGCAACGACGUCGUUAUCUCGCCCAGCAAGACCUUCAACAACAUCAUCACCCCCAAGGAGCUCAAGGCCCUUCCCGAGGCUGCGCUCCGCGACUUGACCGUCGCCACCAUUGCCCUCAAGUACACUCAGUCGAACUCCGUCUGCUACGCCUUGAACGGCCAGAUCAUCGGUCUCGGUGCUGGUCAGCAGAGCCGUAUUCACUGCACCCGUCUUGCCGGUGACAAGGCCGACAACUGGUGGAUGCGCUUCCACGACCGUGUCAUCGGUAUCAAGUGGAAGCAGGGCACCAAGCGUGCCGACAAGAGCAACGCCAUUGACCUGCUCUGCUCCGGUCAGACUCCCCGCAGCGAGGCCGAGACCAUUGAGUACGAGCGUGUCUUCGAGGAGGUUCCCGCUCCCUUCACCCAGGAGGAGCGUGAGGCCUGGCUGCAGAAGCUGGGUGAGGUCGCCGUCUCUUCCGACGCUUUCUUCCCCUUCAUUGACAACGUCUUCCGCGCUGCCCGCUCCGGUGUCAAGUACAUUGCCGCCCCCACUGGUAGCCAGAACGAUACCCCCGUCUUCGAGACUGCCGAGAAGCUGGGUAUUACCUUUGUUGAGCAGGGCGUCCGUCUGUUCCACCACUAG